UAUUUGGUCUGUAUCAUGUCUGUAUUGUCAACGAAAUGUCAAAUUCAAUUCAAUAAAAAUCAAAAACUAGGCUGUAAAUCAAAUAUUGUAUUCAUGGGAUCAUGGGUUUUUUCAACCCCAAUGACUAAAUUAAAGUAUGACGUUGUAGUUAAACAGUGGUAUACAAUUAAAAGAAUGAAAUAUACUCUGUAAUAUUACAGUUUCUAGCCCGCCUAGUAUCUUACAAAAAAGGAAGACAAUAUUGUACAAUAUGUAAUUGUUUAUAAUAAAUUUAAUGGAUAAUGUUACUUUUUUUAUUUAAUUUUUUAAAUCUCGGUUGUUUUUUUCAGAUAUUAUAAGAUGCCGGAGCAUCUGGAAUUGCAACACCUCGUAGAUCUAUCGGUCGGAAGUGGCGACGAAUCCGUACCUAAUCUACUUGAGAACAAGAGGCCACUAAUCAAACGAUGCCCUUACCUUGGUUUGAUACUUGCAACGCUUUCGUCUUUAUUCUUUUCACUAUGCUCUGUUAUUGUGAAGAGCUUGGUAAACAUAGAUCCCAUGCAACUUGCAAUGUUUCGAUUUAUUGGUGUUUUGCUACCGACAAUACCUAUCGUAAUUUAUACAGAACAACCGGUGUUUCCGCAAGGUAAACGUGUGUUAUUAAUUUUACGUUCAAUUGUAGGCACUGUAGGUCUUAUGUUAAGUUUUUAUGCAUUUAGGAAUAUGCCCUUGGCAGAUGCAUCUGUUAUUGUAUUUUCUGUGCCGGUUUUUGUGGCUCUUUUCGCUAGAGUUUUCUUAAAGGAACCCUGUGGUAUAUGGAACACGAUUUCCAUCAUUUUAACUCUAAUUGGUGUUAUAUUAAUUACGCAUCCACCAUUUAUAUUUGGUAACACUCAGUUGGAAACAAAUCAGAAUUAUAACAGCUUAAGAGGUGCUAUUGCAGCAUUUGUGUCGACGAUUUUUGGGGCAAAUGCCUAUGUUUUGCUUAGAGUUUUAAAAGGCUUGCAUUUUUCCGUAAUUAUGACCAAUUUUGGUGCUAUUGCUAUAAUGCAAACUCUGUUCUACUCUUUUGUAUUUGGCGCUUUAUGUAUGCCAAAUUGUGGGACAGAGAGGUUUCUAGUUGUAUGCUUAGCUUUGUUUAGCUAUUUGGGACAGAUUUUGUUGACAAUGUCCUUGCAAAUGGAGCAAGCAGGACCUGUUGCCAUAGCGCGCUCCGCAGAUAUAGUUUUUGCCUUCUUAUGGCAGGUUAUGUUUUUCAAUGAAAUACCAAGCAAGUUUUCUAUAUUUGGAGCUAUAUUAGUUCUAAGUUCAGUAAUGCUUGUGGGUUUACGUAAAUGGGCAUUAGCCUUGCCAGCAGACUCACAGUUGAGAAGUAAAUUAGGAGCACUGGCACAGUAA